AUGGCCGACACCGACGCCAUUAAGCUCGCGGUUGCGCCUUCCACCGACGAGCCUACCGUCCUCGAGACCACGCCUGCCGCGCUUGCUGGGCCGGCGGUCGUACCUGCCCCGGCAGACAAGGCCGUCAUCGAUCCCGUGGAAGUCGCGACCGAAGAUGAGGAGCGCACCAGCUGGCGCCUGUACGCCAUUCUGGCUUCCCUUUUCCUCUCCCUCUUCAUUGCGGCCCUUGACCAGACCAUUGUUGCCACGUGCAUCCCGACCAUUGCUGCGUCGCUGCACUCUGCUACCGGCUAUGUGUGGAUCGGCGGCGCCUACCUGCUAGCCACGGCCGCAGCUGGGCCCAUCUGGGCUCGUGGCAGCGACAUCUGGGGCCGCAAGCCCGCGCUCCUGGCCGCCAUUGUGCUGUUUGCUGUCGCUAGCACGAUUGCUGCGCUGAGCCGCAACAUGCCCACCAUGAUCGCCGGCCGUGCUCUGCAGGGCGUGGCGGGCGGCGGCGUGUUCCCGCUUGUCACCAUCACCAUCUCAGACCUGUUUAGCGUCCGCCGUCGCUCGCUCUACCUGGGCGCCCUGGCCAUCGUGUGGGCCGUCGCCGGCUCGGCGGGCCCGCUGCUCGGCGGUGCACUGACGCAGCUGGCCAGCUGGCGCUGGUGCUUCUGGAUCAACCUGCCCAUCUGCGGCGUGUCCUUUGUCCUCGUGGUCCUCUUCCUCGACGUGCACAACCCGCGCACGCCCCUCAAGGACGGCCUGCGGGCCGUCGACUGGCUCGGCACCGUUGCCAUCCUGGCCGUCACCCUGCUGGUGCUGCUCGGCCUCGACUUUGGCGGCGCCACCUUCCCCUGGAACAGCCCCAAGGUCAUUGCCCUGAUCGCCGUGGGCGUCUCCAUGAUUGGCGUCUUUGUCUACACCGAGGCCCGCCUGGCCACGUUCCCCAUCAUGCCGCUCGGCAUGUUCACCCACUGGCACAACAUUGCCAUCUGCAUCAUGUCCUUUGGCCACAACAUGGUCGCUAUUGGCUGCGAGUUUUACCUGCCCCUCUAUUUCCAGAGCGCCAAGCAGGCCUCGCCCCUGCGCAGCGGCCUCAUGCUCAUCCCCAUGACCGCCGCCGAGGCUGCCGUCGACAUCCUGUCCGGCGUCCUCAUCCACUACACCGGCCGCUACCGCGAGAUGAUGUGGGUCGGCACCUCUCUCAUGGCCCUCGGCACCGGCCUCUUCCUCAUCUUCACGCCCGACACCCCCAUUGGCACCAUCAUUGGCAUCGAAAUCAUUGGCGGCGUCGGCACCGCCCUGCUCUUCCAGUCGCCCAUGCUCGCCGUCCAGAACACCGUGCGCCAGUCCGAGACCGCCACCGCCACCGCCACCAUGGGCUUCAUCCGCAACGUCGCCACGGCCCUGUCCGUCGUCUUGGGCGGCGUCGUGCUGCAAAACGGCAUGAACACCGAGCAGCACACGCUCGGGGCCGCCGGUCUCAACGGCACCACGCUCGCUGCCUUUGCCGGCAACCAGGCCGCCGCCAACGUCGACCUCGUCGCCGACAUUGCAGACGCCGGCCAGCGCCGCGCCGUCCAAGACGCCUUCUCGGCCAGCAUCAAGAACAUCUUCCUGAUGUACACGGUCAUUGCCGGCGUCUCGGUCCUCGCUAGCCUGUUUGUGAGGCAGCGCAAGCUGCAGACAGAGCACUCGGAGACCAAGACCGGCAUCGACAAUUUGAAGAAGCGCGACUGUGGCCGUGCCGCUAUUUCCAACGGCCGCACCGUCCAUGGUGUCUUCAUCAUUCAUACCCCCUCCGUCACUCUUCAGUCGCCACUGCCGAGCAGGGUCAUCCCACGCCUCCACCGUCUCACAGCCUCGAGGCACCCGGCACGAAUUGCGCACGUUGCACGUCUUCCAAAGAACGUCACGCACCUCGCCGAACACCUCGUCCACCGCGUCAAUGGCCCAGAUGACGUCCAGGUGCUCGUACUCUGGUAUCACCUUGGCGUGCACGACGCGCACAUGCGGCUCACGGAGGCUGCGUUGUGUCCCACUGCUCGUGCUGCGGCUACCCUGACCACGUUCGAGGGCUGCAAAGACGGGCCGUGGCAGGAAGCGCCUCAGCAGCCGGCGGCCGUCCACGAGAUCGUCGCGGCCACACACCCACAGCGCAAAUGGUGGGACCCGCUCGUCGUACCAGGCCGAAGAGCCAGGAACGCGGUUUCCCAAGGCAUCGUCUUCGUUUUCGUCUUCGGCCGGGCUCGUCUCGUCGGACUCGUCGGCCUCAUCAGCCUCAUUUGCCUCGGCCGCAGCGUCAGCCUCCGCCUCUUCACGCCGCCACUCUUCCUUGGUCGCCAGGAUGCACUUGUGCCGCGCAAACCCCUCGCGGCCCAGCCACCACCGCAUCGACUCGGCGCUGACAUACACUGGCGAAAACUGGAACAUGCGGUCGCGCAGGCCGCGGUCCCACCGCGCGUCGGUCCAUUCAAACAGGAAAGAAAAUACCCGGUACCCCAGCCAGCCGUACAGCCUGCCGGGCAGCAGCGGGUGUACUUGCAUCAUGAGCGGGAUAAACGAGUGGAUGCCAAACAUGAUGCGGAACAUGGCGGGCGAGAUGACGCGCAUGAACUUGAAAUACAUCUUGCCAAUCAGGCGACCCGCAUACACCGCCGGCGCCAGCGCACAAAAGACGGUCAAGGCCUCGCCCAGAUCCGGCCGCUGCUCCUUGGCCAGGGCCACGAGCGCCUCGGUGGUGCCCUGCGAGUGGCACACCAGGCCCAGGUGCGCAAAGCGCGUCUCGCGCAGCACACGCGACGCCAGCGCGGGCAGGUCAAAGACGCCCAUCUGGCGAAUGUUCCAGCACCACAUGCGCGGAUCAGAGGGGUGCAGCACGGUGUGGCGCGGCUGGAAGCCGCAGCGGUUGUUGCCGAGCCACACGUCGUACCCGGCUUUGCAGAGGUAGAAGGCGAGCGAGUCGUCGUCGCCGACACAAUAGGCGCCGGCGCUCUGCAGCAGGCCGUGCACGAGCAGAACGGGGAACUUGGGCCUCUUGUUGUUGGUCCGUGGCUCGUUCAGCAUCGCCUGCUCGGUCGCGGCACGCUCUUCCUUUGUCGUCUCGUCGAACAGCAGCCCCGGCCCCCGGUGCUUGCGGGCCUCCGCUGGCCGUGGCGUGUCCUCGUUCGGGUCGACAAUGUGCCACAGGUCGAUGAGGAAGCCGUCUUCGGUCUGCACCUCGAACGCCUCGACAUCGAGCCCCACGCGGCGCGCAUAGUGAGCCACGUCCGGCACAAGAGGGUCGGGCCCGCCGGCCGUGGGCGUGUAUGUGGCGUCGCCGACACCAGCACCUGCCGGGUCUUCGUCUUCGCUGCUGUCGCGUCGCUGCCGCUGCCGCCGCUGCUGCCGCCGCCAAUUGCGGUCCAAGUCAUGGCGCAGCUUCGCGCGGCGCUUCUCCUCGGCAUACAGCGGUCGGUUGGCGUCCGGGUCGCGCAGCGUCAGGCGGCAGGCCAUGCGUCGAAAGGCGCCCGGGAUGCUCGUGAAGAGCGAGCCGAGGACAAUGACGCCCAGGAACGACAGGCUGAGAAAAAACGACGUCACACGGAAGGUGGUGCUCUGCAGGUUGCGCAAAAUAGACGGCGGGCCGUACAGCGGCAGCGGGGGGAAGAGCGGGUUGGUGUGGGAUGGCGGCAUGGCGCGCUGCAGUGUGCCUUCGGCCGACCGUUGCAUGGGAGAUGCGAAGCGCUGCUUGGCCCUCUUUGCCUUUUUCUGCCGCUCUUUCUGGCCAAUGUCAAGCAGCUUCUCGGACGACGAAGCAGGGCCCGGCUGAUCCGGCGCCCCAUUGGGGGGUUGAUUGGAGGAAGUUGCUUUUUCUGGUCUCGCGGCUUUGUUCGCAGAAGCCUUUUCAUCCAGGAUCUGUGCCUUGCCCUGCAGCUCGUCUUUGAGGAUGUUGAGCUUGUGGGCCUCGGACAGGGGCACGGGAGGUAG